CUUUAUAUUUGAUUGUUCUAGUAUUGAUGGACAUGUCUCUACGAGCCAGAUCAACCUCCUCUAAGCAAACAUCCACAUCACCCGAUGCAUCCGAAAUCCCAUUACUUCCCACUAACAACAACGACAAUAAUAACAACAACAAUCAUAUACCAGAACGGCCGCCUAUACCGCGACCGUCCAUUUCUCAACGUGCCUUAGAAAGCACAGCACAUUUAGCCAACCUUCUCCCAACAGGAACACUCUUAGCAUUCCAACUACUAAUCCCAAUUUUCACCAACAACGGAACGUGUGACACUGCAUCGCGUCCAAUGACAUUAAUCCUCCUUGCACUACUUGCAUUUUCAUGCUUUUUAGCUUGUUUCACCGAUAGCUACAAGGCACCAGACGGGCAAAUUUACUAUGGAUUAGCUACGUUCAAAGGUUUGUGGAUUUUCGAUUACCAGGCAGCUUCAAUUUCUGGUGUGCCUGGUGAAUUGAACAGGUAUAGAGUUGGAUUUAUUGAUUUUGUUCAUGCUGUUCUCUCUGUUCUUGUAUUUAUUGCUGUGGCUUUGAGAGACAAAAAUGUGGUGAAUUGCUUUUAUCCUACACCAGAUCAUGACACAAAACAGGUACUUGAUGUUGUUCCUAUUGGAAUUGGGGUGAUUUGUAGUUUGUUAUUUGUAGUCUUUCCAACUAGGAGGCAUGGAAUUGGCUUCCCUGUUACACCUGAUAGACGGUGAAAUUGAAGCCAAAGUAGUAACAUUUGUUGUUGUUAUUUGUUAAUUCAUUCAUUUGCUUAAUGUUUUGUAAAGUUAUAUUAUUGUGCAUUCCAAUAAUAAAGUUUUUA